AUGGCUUCAGUUGCUGAGCGGACUUUCAUCGCCAUCAAGCCUGACGGAGUACAGCGGGGCUUGGUGGGAGAAAUUAUCAAGCGAUUUGAAAGGAAGGGAUUCAAACUGGUAGCCAUGAAAUUCAUGCAUGUAAGUUUCUGUCGAGGUAUUGCCAAGCAUUGUUAUUCUGUUGCAGAAUUGCCAUGCGUUGUUUAUUGGUCUGUUGUGUCAAAGCGGACUCUGAACCGAAAUAAAUUUGAAGUAGUCAGUUUUGAACUGCAGCACAUUGCAGCCUCCAUAGCUACGACCCCAAGGAGAGUCCACAAAUAGAGGUGGCUGGGUUGAUGACCUGUCGAUCAACCUAUACAUACCCCUCAGCAGUACAUAGCGUAAUAUCCAGUUCAUUGCACACAGAGUGCAUUAUGGUGCAAUGCCUAGAGCCCUGGCCAAGGGUGGUGUAGUGGUUAGCAUGUUGGAGAGACUUGGGUUCAGACCCCCGAUGAGACAUUUGUAGUGACUACAAUCAUUUGCAUAGUUACCUGGGGGAAAUCUCCAUUGAACUCAGUGCUGCUUACUUCCGACAGCAUAGGUUCAACUUGUAAAACUCAUUGAACUGUAACUUUAAUUAGGAAUGCAAACAGUUUUGCAAAUAAAUGUUUCCAUUGAUUCUGCUAGCACGAAGUAGGCACCCCUCCAAGGAAGAAGUACCCCCCGAAAAAAAGAAAGAAGAAUCUGCUUGAUUCUCAGACUUCCUCUAUAUUAAUCCUUAUUCACUGACUUCCUCUACAUUAAUAUGUCACAAACUGUAGUAAAAUUCAAAAGCCUCAUUAUUGUCUCAUUCACUUGCCAGAGGGUCUGUCAAUUACCCUGGAAUUUUGGCAGCUAUUGUUAUGAUUCUUGCUCUGAAAGAAAUGUUCUGGAACUGUGCUGUAGCCCCAUUUCAUUCCUGCUCCACUACACCACUGAUCCAGUAUUUUACAAAAUAAUAUUUUGGAUCCUUUCCAAUAUCUAGCAGAAGGUAAAGCCACGCUGAGUACUCUAAUUUUAGUAAGCAGCUGUCCUUAGUCGGAAAGGUGUGUCCUUAGAGGUAUAUUUUAAAGUUAAUGCUUCAGAUUUUCUUGGAGGUGCAAAUACGUUGUUCAAUUAACUUGAGUGAAAAUCAUCUUGCUGAAUGAACCAAAAUAAAUAUUGUUUAAAAUCUGUACUAGCCAGCUAAACCAAUAUUGUAAUAAAGUACUAGGGCCAAUAUUUGACAAGCAAGCGUGCAAUUUAAGGAUUAAUACUACUCUUGUAGUUAAUUUUAUUUGACAUAAGAUGCUCUUAAGUUCUUAUGCUAAGCAUUUUAUUCCUGCAGGCCUCUGAAGAUCUUCUCAGUGAACACUACAGUGACCUGAAGGAUAGGCCAUUCUUUGCUGGGCUAGUUAAAUAUAUGCACUCUGGACCUGUUGUAGCCAUGGUAAGUCUUCAGCAAAUAACCUUGAUUUCUUUAAAAAGCAAAUGAACUUUAUGCAGCAAGCAUAGCUGUCAAGUGUCCCUUAUUUGAAGGGACAGUCCCUUAUUCCAGUGCCAUGUCCCGCUGCUGUCCCUUAUUGAUGGAUGUCCCUUAAAUGUCCCUUAAAUGAUGUCCCUUAAAUUUCAAAGGAAGCAGCUCCUCUCCCUCCCUCCCUGCUGGCCAGGGAGGAGAGAGGCUCCAACUGUGUUGCUUGGCUGUGUUGCUCACCCAAUAAGAAGUCUAAGAAAGACUGGGGGGUGGAGCUUGCAUGCCUUGUGCGUGGCUAGUUAAUGCAAGCUGAGGGGUUUUUUGAAUGCUGGAUGCCAUUUUGUUGUACGUGCUGCUGCAAACUUUGCAGUGCAAAGCCAGGCUGGGGAGCCAUCUUAAGUUGAGGCUGCAUAGGCCUUGUGGUGCAUGUGAUUCAGAUUCUGUUCAGUUGAACCUCUGGUUACAAAGUUGGUUGGACAGUGUUCUCGAAGCUACCAGCAUGAGUUUGACCAGACUGCAGGAGGACAGGAAGACUGGAGUGCCUGGAACAGAUGAGGCUGCAGGUCCCUUAUUUUGGCUGCUGGUCCCUUAUUUUCAAGGCUGCUGGUCCCUUAUUUUCAAAUCUGUAAGUUGACAGCUAUGAGCAAGCACUGAGAAAAGAGAUGCAGUUUGGUUGCAUCUUCAGAAUAUAUGCCAUAUGUAUUCUUGUGGAAGGAAACAAAACAAUAUGAUUGUUCUAAACCUCUGAAGAAGAAGAAGAAGAAGAAGAAGAAGAAGAAGAAGAAGAAGAAGAAGAAACCUCUGAUACUAAUAAUGGACAAGGCCACAAUAUCACUAAGAGCCUAACUUCUACAUUUUUAUGUGGAAGUGUUUCCAUUCCUUAAAUAAAAUAAAAAGAGACUACCUUAAAUAAUGCCCAGAUUCAAAAUAUGAUUAACAAAUGUAACACAAUGUGCCUAAAUAGAAAGUUCUAAGGAAAGACUGGCAUUUUAAUAUAUUUUCAAAUGGAGAAUUUCAGGGUUAGCAAUAUUAAUACUACUAGUCAUAAUAAUUAAUUAAAUUUAUAUAUUGUCCUCCAGCCAAAGAUCACAGGGCAGUUCACGACACAAAAAUACAAAAUGAGAACACAAAAUGCAUAAUGAAAACAAAAACCAACCAACAACGCCCUCCCACAAACACAUUUAAAAGGGCAUGGAAUGUUAAUCAGCCAAAGGCCAAUUAAUUGAUCUAAUUGUAACCCCAGAUCUUUGAAAGGUUGGCAAACUAUGGCCCCAUUUAGAUAACCACUAUUAGAAUCUUAUCGUCACAUAGCAAUGAAAUAAAAAUAAGCAGUGAUCAUAGCAACUACACAGGUUACAUGUACAAAACUGCACUGUUGCCUUGGGAUAACUCCCAUCGUCCCAUAGCAAUUGCUCAUUAAAAGUAGCAACUGUGCAGCAAUAUUACGAGUGUGAAAAAAACCUCCCAACGCUCUAUCUUCUUCUAGAUGAGCAAGGCCUGUGAGAAUUACAAAAAUAGCUGCCUUUCCUUCAGUGCUUUGUCCAGGCUCUGAUGCGGUCGUUGUCACAGCAUCUUGCUACCUGAGAGAUGAAAACUGCAUCUUGUGCCCAGACCAUCCUAGGCUCUGCCAUCUCUCAGUUCUAACAGUCUGUCCAUACUUGAUAAUUCACAGUGGAUGCAGGCAUCCAAAUUAUGAUUGUGGGUGGGCAUGGUGGAGAGGUGGAGAGACUCAAGGAUAUAGAAAUCAGACCCAGCCACAGUUUAUGUGCUUAUGUAUAAGUCAAAGCAUACACCUGGAGUUAGUGGCCUGCUUGAAUUAACAGUUUUUGAAUGGAAACAGGAGGCAGUACAUCUGUAAAUGUACUCUGCAGUGUAAGCCUCUUACAGCUACAUAUUCAAAUUAACCCCAAUCGUUUGGUUCAGAUUCUACAAAACGGCACUGCCACUGUACAGUUCAAUUCCUUAUCCCCCCCUCCUUUGUUGUAAAAGUGGAUAAGCACCCAUCAGUAACAAAAACUGCUGGCAGCUUUGAGCAACAUGUCUUCUUGCUAAUUGUGAAACUAUCUAUCUGCUGAGCACUUUAAGAUUAUAUUAGAAUAAAGCAAUGAGUUUGAAAGGUGUUACAAGCAAUAGGGGUUGAAAACAAUGUCAAACAUUUCCCCCCCCCUCUUUAGCACUAUACUUGCAUUGGCCCAUAAUGUAGUAUUUUGCCUGUACUAGUUUAGAGAAAAUGGGUGCUUUACUGUCUGAUAAGAGGAGGAACAAACUUCCUUCGGAUAAAAUACACAAAAUGAAAGGUUCACAAGAUAGCAGAGCUUUUAUGACAUGAUGGUUUGUUUACUUUUCACACACACAUUAUUUAAGGGACUACAUGAGCACGUUAUUUAUGUUUGAGUGGUAAUUAGAGAAAAAUCUAAACUGUGUGUCUGACUUGUUAGCCCUCCGUUGGUGCAAUGGGGAAAACAUUUUCUGCUUUGAGAUUCUAAACUAUGCCCACAUUAUGUUCAGAGAUGCAAUGGAAUGCCUGUGCAGUCGUACCUUGGUUGAUGAACGCCUUGGUUGACGAACUCAGACAUUUUGGCUUCUCAAUGCCACAAACCCAAAAGUGAGUGUUCAGGUUUGCAAACGUUCUUUGGAACCCGAACGUCCGUUUUGGCUGUCGGCAUUGUUUCCGGGGCCAAUCAGCCAAUCGGAGGCCGUGACUUUGUUUGCGAAUGUUUUGGAAGUUGAACAGACUUCCGAAAUGGAUUCCAUCCAUCAACCAAGGUACGACUGUACAGUGGUACCUCGGGUUAAGUACUUAAUUCGUUCCGGAGGUCCGUUCUUAACCUGAAACUGUUCUUAACCUGAAGCACCACUUUGGCUAAUGGGGCCUCCCGCUGCCGCCGCCCUGCCGCUGCGCGAUUUCUGUUCUCAUCCUGAAGCAAAGUUCUUAACCCGAGGUAAUAUUUCUGGGUUAGCGGAGUCUGUAACCUGAAGCGUAUGUAACCUGAGGUACCACUGUAAAUGUUCUUCAAUGCAUCUGUGGCCAGAGAGAGAGAAACGGAAGAUGUUGUUCGCUGCGUAUCAUUGUAAAAUUUGUCACUUACUGGUUAGUAGGGAUAAUAUGUUACACAUAAGGUAUCAUGUUUUCUCUAGCAGUCCAAUACAGUGGUACCUCUGGUUACAGACGCUUCAGGUUACAGACUCCGCUAACCCAGAAAUAUUACCUCGGGUUAAGAGCUUUGCUUCAGGAUGAGAACAAAAACCACGCGGCGGCAACGGGAGGCCCCAUUAGCUAAAGUGGUACCUCAGGUUAAGAACAGUUUCAGCUUAAGAACAGACCUCCAGAAUGAAUUAAGUUCUUAACCCAAGGAACCACUGUAGAUGAGAUAAUAAAAUUAUCACACAAGUUGGGGUCCAAUGUGUUGGGGAUCGCCUCUGUUAAAAUGUAUCCCUCUACCUGAAAAUUUGCAUUUUUGUGAUGGCUAUUGGUGUUUAGCAAAGAAAUCUGACCGGCUGACUCACCGACAUACACAGUGUGACAGCACUCAGCCACAAAAGCAGAAGGGGACCCCCCCCCCCACAGGCUACCAAAUGAAAUAGAAUAGCUCAUAGUCAGAGUAAACUGUACUGGAUGGAACAGAUGGACCAGUGGUCUUGCUAAGUAAGAGCCAGCUUCAUGUGUUCCUGUGAGCAACACAUGCAUUCUGGCCAUCUAAGUGCCAUAAAAAUCUGUGGGGCUUAAAUGGGCAUAAUGCUAUACUGUACUUGGUUCUGGUCACGGUCCAUACAGGCCCAAGGAAAGCUUCAAAGCUUAAUUAGUUACAACCAAAUUCUAUUAAUUACAGCUGAGUCAAAAUUUCUCAUAAGACAUUUUCUGAUAAAUCUUCUGAGUUUGUUCCUUUUUCUCACCACUUAAUACCAUUUCCCCAAAUUUCCUCAAGCAUUUUAUAAUGGCAGCCUUUUGUUUGUUUCACAAUGUCCCAGAACUAUGGAUAAAUAAUCUAGGGAAUUAUGGAGAUUGUAAAAUGGUGACCAGGCUACUAACCCGGGGGGGGGGGAGGGAGAUUUUUAAAAAGAUGUAGGUUAAAAUAUUGAAACUGUGCUAAAUUACACUGCUAGUGGGAAGCCACACCCUUAAGCAAACGUUGGAGAAUUUCUCCCCCUCCCCUUGGAAGAAUUUUGUGAAAUGGUCCCCUGCUUUUCCCUCUGUCCACAGAUGGGGUAAAUUCCGAGAGGAUGUUUGCACACUGCUGUCUUAUCCACAUGGUGGUGGAGUUGGUGAGAAUCAUGUGAUAUAUUGACUUUUACUGCAACAAUCGUUUUAAUCUCAGUUCUUUGGUUGUUCAAGGUAUGGCAAGGCCUCAAUGUAGUUAAGACUGGAAGAGUAAUGCUGGGAGAAACUAAUCCUGCAGAUUCUAAACCUGGCACAAUUCGUGGUGACUUCUGUGUGCAAGUUGGCAGGUAAAUUCCGAAUUGUCAUCUUACAAAAUGGAAUUGCUAACUAGUUCUAGUCUACAUGCAGUUAGGAUACAAAUACUAUAUCUGUGCAUCAUCAUCAUCAUCAUUAUUAUUACUACCAUACUUUUCUGUGUGCAGUGGUACCUCGGGUUACAUACGCUUCAAGUUACAGACUCCACUAACCCAGAAAUAGUGCUUCAGGUUAAGAACUUUGCUUCAGGAUGAGAACAGAAAUCAUGCAGCGGCGGUGCGGCGGCAGCAGGAGGCCCCAUUAGCUAAAGUGGUGCUUCAGAUUAAGAACAGUUUCAGGUUAAGAAUGGACCUCCGGAACGAAUUAAGUACUUAACCCAAGGUACCACUGUAUUAGACAAGGAUUUUUUUUCAAUGAAGUAAUGUAUAAAAAUAGGGGUCGUCUUAUACAUGGAUAGUUCAGAGGGGGACGGGGGAUUGGUUGCUGCCACGAUUGUCAGCAGCGGUAGUGCAUGUGAUAAGUGUCUGCAUCAAGGGCUUUUAUUGAUUGAGCGGGUGAUAGGAGGCCUUUGGGGGCGAGCGGUCAGACAUUUGUUGGCUUCUGCGUUGCGUGCGAUAGGAAGCGUUGUUUAGGCGGGUGAGUAAGCAAUCCCCUCCCCUGAAAAAACAACCCUGGGUAAUCUUCCCCCCAAAAUGCUCAACAACUCUGUGCAAAUCCCCCCAUUUUAAUAAUUCUGAGUCCCCCAAAAUUAUACACGGGGCCGUGUUAUACACAGAAAAUUAUGGUACUACUACUACAGUCAUACCUUGGUUUUCAAACAGCUUAGUUCUCAAAUGUUUUGGCUCCCAAACACUACAAACCCGGAAGUGACUGUUCUGGUUCGUGAACUAUUUUUGGAAGCUGAACAUCCGAUGGGGCUUCCAUGGCUUCUGAUUUGCUGCAGGAGCUUCCUGCAGCCAAUCAGAAGCCGCACUUGGGUUUUAGAAGUCAAACAGACUUCCGGAACGGAUUCCAUUCGACUUCCAAGGUACGACUGUAUUUUUAAAAAGACAUUUGGAGUGUAAAUUAAUAGUUAUGACCUUAACAGCUGGUGCUUUUCAUAGUAGCUCCCCAACAACAUUACAGCUAGCCUGACAAGCCCCUGCUUCUUUUGCCUUUUUCAUUGUCUCAGUGCCUGUAUUUUCCAUAGUUCCUCCUGCCACAUUUCCUUAUGCUACUGCAUGUGAUGGCCUUGGGGUAGCACAGGUUAUGGAGAGUGGCUGGCCUGCUAAAAGCAUCAAACACUGCUGUUGUAGCACCUCAGAGUUCUUUUACAAAGAAUACAUCGUGCGAUAUUGUUUUUCCCUUUGAGCGCCAUAGCCUUGUCUAACAAGUAUCAUUAUAAAAACUUUGGACUGUGGUUUAAAUUUAAGACUUGGAAACUUUGCACACAGUUUAAUAUGCCCCUGUGGGAAAUAAACACUUUGUCUUAGGAGGGUGCAAAGGAGUGGGAAAGAAAUAGCUUGUUAUAGUAGCAAACAAUAACUGAAACACAAGGGUUUCACGUUACAUCCAGCAAAGACACUUCUCUAUUGCAGUACAGUGGUGCCACGCAAGACGAAUGCCUCGCAAGACGGAAAACCCGCUAGACGAAAGGGUUUUCCGUUUUGGAGGUGCUUCGCAAAACGAAUUUCCUAUGUGCUUGCUUCGCAAGACGAAAAUGUCUUGCGAGUUCCUGCGGGGUUUUUUUCCUUUCCCCCCCCUUUUUCCCAAGCCGCUAAACCGCUUAACAGCUGAUGCUAAGCCGCUUAUCAGCUGAUCUUUAAGCCGCUUAACAGCUGAUGCUAAGCCCCUUAUCAGCUGAUCGUUAAGCCGCUUAUCAGCUGAUCUUUAAGCCGGCUAAGCCGCUAAUACUGUAGUGCUAAGCCGCUAAACCUCUAAUGGGCUUGCUUCGCAAGACGAAAAAACCCGCAAGACGAAGAGACUCGCGGAACGGAUUCUUUUCGUCUUGCGAGGCACCACUGUAUAUGCACAAUUAAUAUGGGGGGAGGGGUUAUUGUCCCUUUGUCAAACCAUAAUAGCCAAUAAAACUAUUAUUUCUAUGUUUUUCUGUUUGAUUACCAUAAUGAUAAAAUUCUUUUCAACUUCAUUGCCCUUUCAGAAAUAUAAUUCAUGGCAGUGACUCUGUAGAAAAUGCUGAGAUUGAAAUCAACCUAUGGUUCACACCAGAAGAAAUUGUCGACUACACAAGCUGUGAGCACCCAUGGAUCUAUGAUUAAAAACUUGUGUAUUCCUUUGUUACGUUUAUCUGGAAACAGUUCCUACCUCCAGUAUCCUCUAAAAUUGUUUCCCCAAAUGCCCUGUGUGAUUUAUAAAUGUUAAUUGUAUUUGUUGUGCUGACUGAAGGUUUUAUUUAACUAAACUGGAAUAUACUUUUAUUCAUUAGAAAAGUAAAUGGGGUGAGGGGCUGUUGAAGAAGAGAACACACUUUUGCUCUCCUUCAGCAGUUAUCAAACGCACAUGCUUAAUUUUAUUAUAUUUACUGUACUCAAUGGAGUCAACCAUUACUUUAGGUUGUUCAUAUUUAUGAGUUUGCAAGAUGAGAAGGGCUGUUUAGGGCAGCCCUUUUUAGGGAAGCUUUUAAUGUUUAACAGACUAUUGUAUUUUAAUAUUUUGUUGGAAGCCGCCCAGAGUAGCUGAGGAAACCCAGCCAGAUGGGCAGGGUAUAAAUAGUAAAAUAUUAUUAUUAUUAUUAUUACUACUACUACUACUAUUAUGAGAAGCUAUUGUAUACAAACCAUUUGCCACUGAAUACGUUACACAGGUGAUAAAUAACAUACUCCUUGAAUGGAUCAGCACAGUGGCUCUUCUGUUUCACCUUAAAAUGCCAGGUCAUGAAUGCAGCAAUGCAAAUCAUUACACUACAGUGUAAUUUAAAUAUGGUAUAAUCACAGCAUAUUGAAUACUUAUAGAAUGUAAUCUAUUUGAUUGAUUGAUUUCAUAAAAUUUAUAUACCUCCUGAUUGUAAAAAAAAACAACCUCAAAAUGGUUUACAAAAAGAAUAAAGCAAUGAAAUUAUCAGUAAAAACAAUUAUUUAAAACAUACAAAAAAUUAAAACUAGUAAUAAACUAAAAACAGAUUAAAACACACAUCAACAUUCUAGAUAUCUGGAUAGGUGCCAAAAGUGCACAGUGAAUGUGCUUGUCUGAUAUCAAUAGGCAGGGAGUUCCAAAGUGUAGAUGCUGCCACACUAAAAUAUUGAGCGCCAGUUCUACAGACUGAAGUGGUUGAAUUGGCAUAUAAGGUGAACUUGCAGGUAGACUGGUCCCCAGUUGCUAAGGGCUUUAUAUACUAACAAUGUGAACCUGGCCCGGUAGCAAACUGGCACUGAACAUAGGUGUUACGUGCUGGCAAAGUCUCACUCUUAUCAGUAAUCCUGCAGCAGCAUUCUGUACUAACUGCAACUUCUAAAUCAGGUGCAAGGGAAGCCUCACAAGAGUACAUUACAGUAAUCCAGCCUUGAAGUAACCAAUACCUGGACUACUGUGAUCAAGCUUUCCUGGUCCAAGAAUGGGUGUAGCUGUUGUACCAAUUGCAGUUGGUAAAAGGCACUGAGGCUACCUGAACCUCAAGUGACAGAACUGGAUUCAGAAGCACCCCAAAACUGUGAACCUCUUCCUUCAGGGGGAGUACAAUCCAUCCAGGGCAGGCAACUGACCCAAUUUCUCAGACAUGGGACUUACUCACCCACAGUGCCUCCAUGUUGCCAGGGUCCAAGUUGAGCUUGUUUUCCCUCAUCCAUCUCACCACUGCAUCCAAGCAACAGCCCAGACAGAGCCUGUUGGCCUCUCCUAAUUCAGAUGUUAUAGAGAAAUAGAGCUGAGUUAUGUUAUGGAGAAAUAGACCCUGCCCUAAAACUCCCAAUGACUGCUCCCAGUGGCUUCAUGCAGAUAGUAAAUAGCACUGGAAAUAAGAUGACAUUGUGUGGCAGCCCAUAACAUAGCUGCCCAGGGAGCCGAAAAGCACCUUCCCAAUGCUAGUCUCUGGACUCUGUCCCAAAAGCAGGAUUGGAACCACUAGAAUACUGUGGUCCCAAUUCCCAUUCCCCAGAGCCAGUCCAGAGGGAUUCCGUGGUGAAUGGACAAGAGAUCAAGAAGCAGAAGCAAGGUCACACUCUCCCUGUCCUGCUCUCUGCAAAGGUCAUCCAUCAAGGCGACCAAGGGAGACUCAGGCCCCUGACCAGCUAUUUGUGACUAGUUGAUAGUUGCUCUAGCCUAAGGGGUCCAGAGUCAAUUUCUUUAGGAGCUGCCACACUUUAGGAGUUGCCCUUUUCAAGGCAGCAGGGGCCAUCCCUCAUACAAUUAAGUGUUAAGUCAGCUGCCCUCUGCUAGAAUUAGUAAGCCAGGAGGGACAGGGGUCAAGGGGACAUGUGGUCAGAUGUAUUGCUGCCAGCACCUUGCCCACAUCAGCAGAUUGCAUAAACUGACAGUAUUCCCACAACACAUCCUCAAUAGUGGCACUGGAUAAAACUUAAUUGUAACAAAUAUUGGCAAAUUUUAAAUGUUGGUUUUGCUUCUAGUGGAUACACAUGGGUUGCGGUAUCACUUUGAAAAUAAAGCUUUAUACAGAUGGUUAUUAAACUCUUUUAUCCCCUCUAAUUCUAACUCUGCUCAUAGGCCAUUAGUAUAGAUGCUUAUGAAAUGCAUUAUGAGAAAAGGCGAUUAAUACGAGGGACAUUCACUAAGCUGUGCCUCCUGUCACUCAUUUCUAUUACUCUGUUUGUUGUUGGAAAGGAAGGCAUUCUACAGUAUUGCUUCUUAAUUCUGUUGAGCUUCAUUACAUCUGCGUACAUGUUUCCUUAUCCUGAUUACAUGAGCUACAAAAACUUAAUUCAUGCUAUGUAUCACAGUUAAGAAAGCAGACAGGCUGCUCUAUAGCAUGAUUGGCUUGUACGUUUGAAAGCUCAGAUCAUGAAUUAUAAUUUCUCAACUCUGAGCAUAAGAAAUCGCCUUACACCAGGUCAUUCCAGUAGUGUCUCCUCUGAUUGGUAGUGGCUCUCCAAAGUAGUGACAGAGGUCUGCCAGCUGCUCCUUUUACAUGGAAAUGCUGGGUUUCAACCUGGGAUCUUCAGCACAUGAAAUCAUGAGCAGUCCUCCCCAAAACUAUGUUCCUUUCCACAGUGCAAACCCCAGUUUAGCAUGUUUGAUGAUCAAAUACAUAUGAUUGUUUAUUUUCUCCACAAGACUUAAAAGUAACUGAAGAUCCACCUAAACUGGACCCAGGCUACAGCACUGCAAGAAAGGGUGCUAACACUUUCGCCUGCCCAGUUUCCCCACUAGAAAUUACAUCCAUGAAGCUGCUAUUAGUAUUGGUGGUGGGGGAUGGGUAUCCUUAUUACAUGUUCCUGCCUCAACUGGUGUUAACAGCAUCUUUUGCAGGAGGAGGGGAAGAGAUUUUCAGCAAGGAAAUUGUGAAAAAUAACUUCUGUCCUGAGGGCCUGAUCUACUUGGGGAUGUGUGGGUUCCUUUAACUAUUGGUAGGUGCAGGAGAAGUAAUGGAUCUCCUUUGUAAAUAAGUCAAUUUGAGGAGUGAUUGGAGGAAGUGGUUAAAGGCUGCAACAUGUUAAUGGGAGCAAAAAUACCUCAUGAAAUUAUUACACUGUGAUACUGUGGGAAGCAGAGUGCAUCCUUAGGCUUGGUGGAAAAAGCAGAGCACAUCAUAGCACAGUUUACAUGUUCUUGGCAAAAAGGCAGAGGACUUUAAAAUUGCCGUUGUUUAAAAAAAAAUGGGAAUCCCAGCUAGUCUGCUACAAAGUAUGUUUUAUCAGAUUUUAUCAGCUUCCCCUCUGCAUCAGGCAGGCAGGCUUGUACUGAUGGAUUCUCCCUAGCUAGAGCAGGUAGGAUCCACGGGCCAGAUCUUUAUCAAGAUCUGCCUCAAAAUGUGUGAGCCAAAUCUGACAGGUGGGCAGGAGCACUCACCUGUCAAAAUCCCUAUCCGCUCCCAUCAGCCCCCUGGCCCCAUGCAGAUUAAAAUCCCUGGAGUAGUGCUGUUGUCACCUACGAACGUGACUGAGGCUGCAACCCCAUCCCCACUUCCCUGGGAGCAAGUCUCACUGAAUUCUAUAGGACUUACUUCUAAGUAGCGGACACGAUUAGGGGUACCCUAUAUAACUCGGGUCCAUUCAUUUCAACGAGUUCUGAGGAUAAGCAAUCUCCGGGUUGCUUUGUGCUGUAUAUUGUUCAGACUGUUUCCUCCACUGCUUGGGGAGAAAACACAGAAAUGCUGCUGGCAUGCUUUCCCCCUCCAACUCGGGAUCCUGGGGCGAGGAGGGAACCACCAUCUGCUCAGACUGCAAAAACCAAAGCGGCGGCGAGAGACCUACGCGGUGUAGGAGGAGGAGGAGGCAGCCCACGACCAAGCCCGCCUCCUUUGCUCCCCUCCCGGCUUGUCUCCGGCGCCGGCCCGGCCUUGCUCCGCCUCUUCCCCUGGAGAUUUGCAGGGAGACGGCAGCUGCAGACACGCUCUCCGGGCCCGACCAGACUCCUUGCAGCUGAGGUGAGCUUUAUUCCCACCCACCCUUUUCUUUGGUCUUUCUUCACUUUCUUCCUGGAGGGAGAAACCAAAACGAAACGAGGUUCUGAGGCAAAAAAAAGAGGAGGAGGAAGAAAUAGCUGGAGCCGGCUAAAGAGGAAAUGGCGGCUGGGGGGGGGGGUGCCUUUUGCAAAAAAAAAAAGCGCAUUUUGCAGCCGCCUGGGAGGCGCAGCCACCUCUCCUCGCCUCCCCCCGGGGGCCUCUGUAACUUGAGGCGGCCGAGGCAGCGUGUCUUGCUGCCUCUUGGGAGAAGAAGAAGAAGAAGAAUGCAGCCCUGCCGCCGCAGAGCACAUGCCUGUGCCUGUCUACUCGGAAGUCAGUCCCGUUGGAUUACGUGGGGCUUACUCCCGGGUAAAUGGGUGUAGGAUUGCAGCCCCAGGGCGGAGAGGCCCAAAUAGACGCCGCCCGAGGAGAGGGGAACAAAGGGCUCUUCCGCGACACGUGGACGGAUGGUGGAGGAAGCCUUGCCCACGUGCAGUCGAAUGGUGCCUGCCCCGGUGCUUGGGGGGAGGGGUGUAGAAUUGCAACUCCAGUUAGGACGGGGAGGAAGCCCCGAAGGGUGCCAAAACACGCCCCCCCAUGAAAUCCGACCUCCAUCAUAUCGCAUAACAUAGGAGCCAACUCCUAGGGGCCGAGGUACCUUUGCUCUCGUCCCUUAAAAUAUUUGAGGGGGACUGCCCUCCUCCCCGCAGUUGAUGGGCAUUGCCGUUCAAAUACGCCAUGUCAUGUGAUCAUAGACAUAUUUUUUAGCUGAUUUUUCGCGCCCCCUCACUUGCGCCCCUAGCAGGGGCCCACCUUACCACCCCUUAGCUACGGCCCUGAGUAAGAUUCCUUAUUAUCUAUCUGGUGAUGCUGCAGAUAUUUAAAAAAUGGAACAAAGAUCACACAGUCUGUUCCCUGGUUGCUUUUGUGUCCUGUUCGAAUGCAUUGGGUUGUUUUUUAAAGUAAGAUUUUCAUGCAUUCCCAACUUGAAGAUGAAAACUGUAUAUUGUUACUGAAAGGAUUCUUAAGAAAUCACAGGACUUGGUGUGCUCCUAAGAUGGCAGAUCUCAAAAGUCGUAAGAGCAGAGAAGGAAUGACAUUGGAGGCUGCCAACUGCCGUUGCCACUUUCUCAUAGAGUUAAUGGUAUACCAGUUCAAGGGAGACAAUUUAUCACACAGCUUGUCUUUUAAAAGCUAACCUAAAAUUUCUAUAAGAAAUGCAAAAUAAUAAUAAUUAAUUAGCCCUGUUUUACUGUUGGUGAGUUGACCUCUUAAUGUUGAACAGCGGUCACCUUGACAAACAGGAAUUACCUUGUGCAUUUUUUCACAUGCCUUUCUCAACCUGAUGCCCUCAGGAUGUCUGGCUCAAACUUCCAUCUGCCCCAUUGAGCAUAACCAACCGUCAGGGAUGAUGGGAUUUGCUGUCCAACAAUGACUAGAUGACAAUAGGUUAGAGUAACCUGUUCUAGGUUCUUCUGUGGCAUUGGUCCUGCUGUAAAAUCUUGCUUAUCUUGAUUGCACUCCUUCCCUCUAUAGGUUGAUCUUCUGUGGUGGUUUGUGAGGAUAAUUCCAAUCCUACUAACUUCUCUUAGCAUUUCUUUUGCAGUGAGAUAAUGGCUUCCAACACAGAGCGCACAUUCAUUGCCAUCAAGCCUGAUGGAGUCCAGCGGGGAAUCAUAGGUGAAAUCAUCAAGCGAUUUGAACAGAAGGGAUUCAAACUGGUGGCUAUGAAAUUUAUGCAUGUAAGUUUAAUCUUGAUAAAUGGUGCAGUAAAGCAGGAUUAGAGAACCUUUUUCUGUAGUGUGUGUGUCUGUGUGUGUGUGUGUGUGUGAGAGAGAGAGAGAGAGAGAGAGAGAGAUCAGAGGCUGCAGGCCAGCAGUGGGUGGGGCCAGAACCAAAAAGUAGAUGCAUCCAUCCCUCUCCCUUCUUUCCUUCCUUCCUGUCUAGCAAGCUGCUGAGGGAGGAACUUUUCAAUCCUACCAACUGUCUGAACUGAUUUCUUGCAGAGGGUUUGUCCUCUUUCUGCUGCUGCUCCAUCCAGUUCAUCUUCUCCCACCCUACCCUAAUUGAUAAGUUUAGUCACCUCACAGGACUGAGGUGUACAACAUUAGGCAGUAGUCAUUCAUCAAUCUGAGGGACCCAUCAAGUGAGUCAUGAUGCAAGUUAACAGCAGAAAGCUCGUAAUUGUGCUAUACAGUGGUACCUCAGGUUACAUACGCUUCAGGUUACAGACUCCGCUAACCCAGAAAUAGUGCUUCAGGUUAAGAACUUUGCUUCAGGAUAAGAACAGAAAUCGGGCUCCGGCGGCGCGACAGCAACAGGAGGCCCCAUUAGCUAAAGUGGUGCUUCAGGUUAAGAACAGUUUCAGGUUAAGUACGGACCUCCGGAACGAAUUAAAGUACCUAACCCGAGAUACCACUGUAUAUGAGGUGACAUAAUGGAACUACCAGUGAGAGCUCAAAUUCGAAGGUGGAGAUGGAGGUGUGAGCUUGUAUUUGUGUUUUAAAUUGCUUAUUUCUGACAUAAUUUGAAAUAUUUCAACAUUUGGAUAUCUUUUGCCUAAACAGUCUUUUAAGUAUCAGUUCAUAGAAUCAUGGAAUUGUAGAGUUGGAAGGGGCCAUGAGGUCCAACCCCCUGCAAUGCAGGAAUCUUUAACCCAAAGUGGGGCUUGAACCCACAACCCUAGGAUUAAAAUUCUCACGCUCUACUGACUGAGCUAUCCAGCCUCGUGUUUUAUUCAAAUUUGAACCACGACAUGGGUUGCAGAUUGUGGAUGAUUUGAGCUCAAGUGCUGUUUCACUCAGAAAUGUUUUAUUUUGGGAGGGGGUACACUCUCGAGGAUACAUAUUUAGUGAAGGGUUACACUGUGGCCUGCAUGUGUGUUGUCUUUUGAAUUUAGCUUAUAUAGCUGCGGGAAAGCUAAAUAUACCCUAGUGCCUAUGUCAGGCAUGUCCAAAGGGGGUUUAAUCCGGCUCCUGUGGCAGUUUAUCUUCUGGGGUAAAAUCCUUAAAAAGUUCAAUAACUUCAAAAGCUCAACAACUCUGGUCGACCUCACUUCAUCAAAUCUGGCCCUCUUUGAAAAAAGUUUGGGCACCCCUGGCCUAUGCACACUUUUUGUAGCUUGCACAAGGCUAAGGCAGAGCAAAAGCUACUUUAGAAAGCAAGACAAAAAUGUAUCCUAUUUUCAGUAUGUGUCAAAAUACAGGCUUUCAAUUAUACAUAUACAAGCCUCGUCUUCCUGCUGUUUCAGUUUGGUGGUUGUCCCUUUCCUGCUAAGUACAGUAGGUUCUAUUAAAACUACCUGUGUAACCCAAUACAUACAAGCUGGUGUGACUUUGACUAGAAGGUUAUACUGAGUAAGAUAAUAUGCAACUUGUACAGCAGCAGCAGCAGCAGCAUUGCUGGACGAUCUGUUGGUACUGACUGUCCAAACUACCAUUAGUUUGCUUUCUUAUAGCCUAACUCUUGAGCUUAGUUAAGAGUGCUUUGCUACUUGUUUGGCAGUGUACUGUCUCAGUGUUAGAUGUCCUGCUUGUGGGCCUCCUAUACCAUAUGCAUUUUUUUUAGCCACUGCGAAACAGGGUACUCACUCGACAGGUUUUGCUUUGAUCCAGCAGGACUCUUCUUAAGUGACUUAGAUUAAGUAGGGGUGGCUCAGAGCAGCUCCUUUCUGCAGUUAAUCAUAACCAUCUCUUUUCUUAUAGGCUUCUGAAGAGCUUCUCAAACAGCACUAUAUUGACUUGAAAGAUCGGCCGUUCUACCCUGGUUUGGUUAAAUAUAUGAAUUCUGGGCCUGUAGUACCCAUGGUAAGUGGUUUUAUGUAAACUUAAACAUUUCUUUUGUUCGUCUCUUUAGACCAGGGGUGGCUCAUACCUGAUAUUCUCCAGGUGUGGUUCCAACUUCCAUUAGCCCCAACCAGCAUGGCCAGUGGUCAUAUAGUUGUAGCCCAGCUGCCACAGGUUAGUUUACCUCUCUUUUAGGCCUUUGUGGAAAAGUAAGGAAAGGCGAGAUGGUGCAGGUUAACUCCACUCUGAAUUUAUUACUUUGUUUUUUCUUCUCUGCUAACAGUGGGUGAAACAAUGAAAUGAUUGGCUGUUUCCAAAAUAAUUUCCUCUUGCAGUCUGCUAAUGCUGCCGUGAAUGUUGUGCAGCCAGACCCUAACUUGGUUUACUAAGAAGUGGAUCCACUUGGAAUUGUGGUACUUGCAAGUGGGCAUGCUUUGAACUGGCCUCUUCAUCUUUCAGUUAGAAAGGGUAGAGAAGGAAAAAGCCCUAAACAUUCCCCACCUUAUUUAAAAAGAGAAACUCCCAGGACCUGCACAGAUGUACAGCAAGGGUGUAAUUCAGUGUUGCGCCAUCACAAAUGUUCUGUCUUCACAAGCAUAUCAGUUGCCUGACAAAAUGACGCGCGCCCCCACAACGUGGUCUUCUGAGGAUCUCUCAACCUGCCAGAGCCUGUUUCAUUUCAUGAAGAACAUACUCCAUAAGAAAAGCUCUCAUCACUUCCAUCUGGUCAAGUACCGUGGUUAAACAUAUGUGCUAAACCAGUUUAUUCUUGCAGGUUUGGGAAGGACUCAAUGUGGUGAAGACGGGCAGAGUAAUGUUGGGGGAAACUAACCCAGCAGAUUCCAAGCCUGGCACUAUCCGUGGCGACUUCUGCAUUCAAGUGGGCAGGUUGGUACUGGGAUUUAUAUUUAUCUGUAUUAAGUAAGACUUGCAAGGUGCUACUGAAGUACUACUAAUUAUCAAAACCUUUAAAAGAAAAUGUUCAGAAUACAUGCCUCACUGUUUAAAAGAGAAGACUGGGUAGUGUAAGCAUGCCUCCAGCAGAAUAAAAUGCUUUUGUGUUAACAGGAUAAAUUGCGCGUUCCGCUUGCUUUUGUCAAACAGCUUAACUGUUCACUUAUUUAAGGUACUGAUGAUCAAGAGCUAGCUGAUAGCCAUUCAUAUACCCGUGAAACUACCUGUACAGUUGGCCGGUCAUUUGAUUAAAGGCGAUGAUAGGUUCAUUUUGUGUUUGUGACUAAGAAAUCCGUUAAGCUAAAUUGACUGACUCUUGUGGAUACUUAUCAGCCUAGACAUUUCAAAUGUGUAGGCUUAGCUGUCAAGUAGUCUGUUCCAGAUUCUUAUUUCAGAAAUGUCUCUAAAUGCUACACAGGUUUUGUAAACGGAAUUCCUUGGUCUUCCCUUGUAGGAACAUCAUUCAUGGCAGUGACUCUGUGGAAAGUGCUCAGAAAGAGAUCAAUCUGUGGUUCAAGCCUGAAGAACUUGUGAACUACAAACCUUGUGCUCAUGAUUGGGUUUAUGAAUAG